AUGGCUGACGACACAGAGGCUAAGCAUGGAAGCAAGAACGGAAAGAAAGAAGGCCUCUCUGGAAGCUCAUUUUUCACCUGGUUUAUGGUAAUAGCUUUGCUGGGAGUUUGGACAUCAGUAGCAGUUGUCUGGUUUGAACUUGUAGAUUAUGAAGAAGUUCUAGGCAAGCUUGGGAUAUAUGAUGCUGAUGGAGACGGAGAUUUUGAUGUGGAAGAUGCUAAAGUAUUGCUAGGCCUUAAAGAAAGAUCUGUCCCAGCACAGCCAACAUCACCAGAAUCUGAGGAGACCAUCCAGCCUGCUGAGAAGUCGUAUGUUGAAUCAGAGCACAAGUACACUGACGUAGAAUUGGAAGAGGAAAUUCAGUCUGUUCUUCAUGAAGCUCUCCAUUCCCAGCCUGGAGAAAGACAUGAAGAUAUAGUUGAAAGUCUCAAUGACCAGUGGCAAGUUAAGGAAGAAAUACAUGGAGAAACAUUGGAAGUUCCUACAACUGAUGACUUGCUGAGAGAAUUAGAGAAUGAAAUGCCAGAAGCAUAUGAGACACCAGCCUCAGUUCAGAAAGAUGCUGAUCUUUUGGCAGAUGAUCUUGAAGCAAUAGAGCCUGAACCAUAUGAAGCUCCAGUUUCAUAUGACUAUGAUAUGGAUGUGGAAAAGACAGUAAGUGAUCCAGAAGCUCCAGAUGACUCUGAGCUAAUGCUAGAAGAUGCUGUGGAACAUUACGCAGAGGAUAGAGUGCAUGGUGAUUAUAAUGAAGAACAUGAACCAAAACAUGAAAAGCAGGCUGAGAUUCAAGAUACAGCUGUUGAGGACCUUCCAGAGGAGGUGAAUGAAGCCACGGAACCAGAUGAAAUUAUUGAAGAUUUUGAUAUUGAUAAAGAGCUCACAAUAGAAAUUCAGCAUACAGAAGAUGUGGCCACUGAACCAGAGGAAUUAGAAAUACCUGUUCAAGCUGAGGAUUAUUCAAAUGAUGAUCUAAUAGGAAAAAGUGACAAAGAAACUGAACAAGACAAAGCAGAAAAAGCUAAAAAGAAGAAGAAGCCAAAGCUCUUAAACAAGUUUGAUAAAACUAUUAAAGCUGAACUAGAUGCUGCAGAAAAACUACGUAAAAAAGGAAAAGUUGAAGAAGCUCUAAGGGCCUUUGAAGCAUUAGUGAAUCAAUAUCCACAGAGUCCUCGAGCAAGAUAUGGGAAAGCACAGUCUGAAGAUGACUUAGCUGAGAAAAUGCGAAGUAAUGAGAUGCUGCAAAAAGCCAUCAACACCUAUGAUGAGGUGGUUAGUCUGCCAAAUGUCCCUUCAGAUCUAAUAAAACUGAGCUUGAAACGAGAAGCAGACCGGCAGCAGUUUCUUGGUCGCAUGAGAGGUUCCCUGAUUACUCUACAGAAAUUAGUUCAGCUUUUUCCCAGUGAUACUUCAUUCAAGAAUGACCUUGGUGUUGGUUACCUCUUGAUAGGAGAUAACAGCAAUGCCAAGAAAGUAUAUGAAGAGGUUCUAAGCCUGGCUCCAAACGAUGGCUUUGCGAAAGUACAUUAUGGCUUCAUCCUGAAGGCAGAAAACAAGAUAGCAGAGAGCAUACCCUAUCUAAAGGAAGGAUUAGAGUCUGGUGACCCUGGCACAAAUGAUGGACGCUUUUAUUUUCAUCUAGGUGAUGCCUUGCAGAGAAUGGGAGACAAAGAGGCCUACAAGUGGUAUGAACUGGGAUACCAAAGAGGUCACUUUGCAUCAGUUUGGCAGCGCUCCCUCUACAAUGUCAAGGGACUGAAAGCUCAGCCUUGGUGGACAGCAAGGGAAACUGGUUAUACCGAACUGGUGAAGUCCUUAGAGAAAAACUGGAAGCUCAUUCGGGAUGAGGGGCUUGCUGUGAUGGAUAAAAAAAGAAGCCUCUUCCUGCCUGAGGAUGAGAAUCUACGAGAAAAAGGAGACUGGAGCCAGUUUACCUUAUGGCAGCAAGGAAGAAAAAAUGAGAAUGCUUGUAAAAGUGUUCCGAAAACAUGUGCUUUAUUGGAAAGAUUCCCAGAAGCUACUGGCUGCAGAAGAGGGCAGAUCAAAUAUUCUAUCAUGCAUCCGGGGACACAUGUCUGGCCACACACAGGGCCCACCAAUUGUCGGCUAAGGAUGCAUUUGGGCUUGGUUAUACCUAAGGAAGGCUGCAGAAUUCGGUGUGCCCAAGAGAACAGAACCUGGGAAGAAGGGAAAGUUCUUAUAUUUGAUGACUCUUUUGAACAUGAAGUAUGGCAGGAUGCUGAAAAUUAUCGCCUGAUAUUCAUUGUGGAUGUGUGGCACCCUGAGUUAACAGCACAACAGAGACGCACCCUUCCUGCUAUUUAAGGGGUUCCUUCUGAUGUUAAGAGCAUAGGAGCUGUAACCCCUUUGGAGUAUGCCAUUGGGACUAAUUUAUCCAACGUACGAAGACUACAAGUAUUGUAAGGGUUAGAAGAGAUAAAGAUGACAUUCUACAAUCACAGAGGACUUGAUUUAAAAAAAGGAAAAAAAAAGAAGAAAAGGAAAAAAAAAA